GGGCCUGGAUUGGUCCAUCAACCAGAACUAUCACUUCCGCACUAUGGACGCGCACCAGAACUGGCAGCAGCAGCAGCAGCUGCCUACCGCCUCCCAUACGAUCCAGAGCCUACAUCUCCCUCCGCAGCCUCAUACGACUCUCCCUUUUCCUUCCAUCCACCGGCCCUCACCGACCCACUCCCACCACCAUCACAACAACAACAACAACCAGCCCAGGGCGGGCCCCUCGCAUCAUCGCCCCCAAACCCUCGCAAGCGACCUUUCCCGGGAGCAGACGGCUUCGAUGAUCCCCCACGAUCAAGUGGCUCUCUUGGCGAAUACGAGUACGGCUCAGAAUCACGUCCUCAAUCUCGACGCCUCUCCGUCCUGGAGCUCUGCAAUGACCCAGAUGCAGAUCCAGGAGUUCGAUCAUUUAUACCGUCUGGGGCAACAGGAUCUACAUCACGCCCGACUACCUCAUCCGGACUCGUCUCAUCCGCAUCAGCCCUCGCACUCGUCGAUCGAGCCCCCGUCCCAGGCCACGCAUUACUCACAGGAACUGCACCGCCAGCAGCUGGAGCAGCUCCGUCGACAGCAGCAGCAGCAACAGCGUAUGGAGCAAGCGCGCAGACGUUCGGAGGAGGCGGAGUACUUGCAACAGUUCGCCGCGACUUAUCCCCCACAUCAUCAUCACCAGCAGCAUCAGUAUUUUCCACUUACAGAGGAACCUACUCAGCUUCACCACUAUCAGACACAUCACGGAGCCCACGAUCUCAGCCAAGCUCAGCUGCCUUCGCCGCCGCUGCCGCUCGAUCCGCAGUCGGCUUACACUCAGGCUCGCCAUCCCCAUCUGAUGCAGCGGCAGCAGCAUUAUCUAGGCGAGGAGGGGAGUCUCAGCGCGAUCAAGUACGAAUCUCCGUCGGUUCUCCACACACCCCCGCUGCUGUUGGAAUGAGGGUGUGAGGGGAUGAACGUCUGAAACGAUUACUCUGAAUUUCUGGUAAUACAUUUGUGGUACGAACAUUGGUCUCUUUCGAAUUGAUCUGUUUCGGUUUUAUAUCUAUUUUUCGGUUGCUUUUUUUCGAUUGUGCAGAUACAAGUAGCAUAUAUCUCUCUCGAUCUUUUGUUGCCUGCUCUCAUAUACCAAUCUGUUUAAUACGUUUAGUGUUCAUUUUUGGAAACUGGUCGGAUAGCGAGGAAAAGAAUAUCAAAAAAAUAGUGUUUUCGUCGUCAUGUCGUACUGUAGUGAAAUAUUAACAUAGUAAUCUCUUUUCUAAAAUGUAUCGGUGGAAGUGACAGAAAUCACGAAGCGAAACUGUUUUAUCAGAUGUGCUUUU